UACAAAUACGAGCAUUCUGAAUGAAAAAGUUGAUUCCUAUAUACACAAAUUAUAGAACGGACAAAAAAGGAAAAAGUUAACAAACUUACAGCUCAUCAUCAUGGCCAAUACCUUCCCGAAAAUCCUCCCUUCUUUUUCUUCCCUCGUCUUCAUCAUCAUGAUCCUCACCGUUGCCGUCGCCGUCACGACCAGCGCAAAACACGACUCUUUUUUCCAUGAACUACUGUUCCCCACAGAGCUCGGAAUCAGCCAGCAAGAUGAGAAGCUCACCCACCUGCACUUCUUCUUCCACGACAUCGUCAGCGGCACCAACCAAACUGCCGUGAGAGUAGCAGCGGCUCCGUCCAGCGAAACAUCGCCGACGGGGUUCGGCUCGGUGGUUAUGAUGGACGAUCCCUUAACGGAGACGGCAGAUCAAAGCUCCAAGAUCGUGGGAAGAGCUCAGGGAAUGUACGGUUCGGCUUCGCAGAGCGAGCUGGGGCUUCUCAUGGUAAUGAGUUUUGCAUUUACCGAAGGGGAGUACAAUGGGAGUAGUCUCAGUGUGCUUGGCCGGAACACAGUGGAGAGCGCCGUCAGGGAGAUGCCAAUCGUCGGCGGCAGUGGGGUGUUCCGGUUCUGCCGUGGGUACGCUCAGGCCAAGACUCAUUCUAUUGAUGAAAUGGAAGCCGUUGUUGAGUAUGAUGUUUAUGUCUUUCAUUAUUAACUGUUAUGGUGUUUUAUUCAAUUUGAAAUGUAUCGUUAUCAGAUUUGUAAUUCAUAAGUUUAGCUCUCAAGUUUCAAAUAUCAUUCAUAAUCAACUUUAGUU